GUAAUUUGGCCUUGGGUUAUGACCUACAGGACUACACGUGUCUACUUAAAAUUCGAUGAUUACAGUUUGUUCAUAUAAUUACAGUUUCGGUUCAAAAAAAUCCAAAAUCCUACACUUCCUGCUUAACUUUCCUGAUACUGAUUUGUGUUCCUUGCCCUAAUUCUAUUGAAGUUCAUUUGUUGUUGAUUGCAAAGGAAAAUAAGGGCUUGCUAGUCCAAUUAAGGGCUGGCUUUGAUUGUUCAAUCACGGCUCUAAAAAGAAAAACACCUUUUAAGAUUAGCAGGGGGAAAUCAUGUUCCCAGCUCUUCCCUAAGUUUUUGAUUGCAUCCCCUACCUUUCACGGCGGUCGCGGUGCCCUCCCGUCUGCUGGUGGGCAUCCAUCCGAUCUUACUUAUCUUGCGGGCGGCGGGAACUGAUAUACCCGGUUGUCGAAGCUUGGUUACCUUCCUUGACUUCGGAGGGUGCUGGCGUAGCUAUUUGAAUAUUUCGUUUUAGUUUGUUGCUAAUUGGGAAAUACUGUGUUUACAAAUUACAACUAUGGUUGCAAUCAAGCCAACUGAUGAUAACUCUUUGGUUUCAAGAUGUGAAACUGAGAAGCUUGGUCGUGCUCAAGGUACCAAAAUCCCCAUCUACAGAUUUGGUACCCAAUUUAUAACAGGGAAUAGCUUGUUUGAGGGGUUUUCUGAAGAACAAAGUCUGCUGGAUUCUCUUCUUCUUGCACUGUGGGAAGAAAAAAUGUGGAAGGGUCAUUUCAAGUAUGACGUAACUGCCUCUGAAAUUAAGGCUAUUAGGGGGAGAUAUAAGUUUCUUGCUCAGUUAAGUGGGCAAUGGAGUAUGAAUUGUUCACAAGACGACGAGAAGCAUAAACUUAGCCACAAAGAGGAUCUACUGGUGCUUGACCUGAACAACCGCUGUGAGGAUAUACUCUUCUGCAUCGCAAACAGCGAUAAGGCCGAACAUGAGCUUGUUACUUCAGCUUCUAUUCCUAAUGGGUCCUUCUUAAUUAUUGUGAAUGUAAACCCCAUUGAAUAUGGCCAUGUCUUCCUGGUACCUCAUGGCUUUGACGGUCCCUGCCAGAUCAUGGACGGAAGAUCCUUGGAAAUGGUCGCAAGGGUUGCCAUUGAGAUGAAUAAUUGCACUUUCCGAAUGUUCUAUGAUAGUCCUGGAUCUAGUACUUCACAUUUAUUUUUCCAGGCUUGCUACUUUCCAGAUCUUUUACCAGUGGAGCGUAUGCCAGUUAAAAACUUGUAUGACGAUGGACAUGGAGGGAUAUGCAUCUCUACUGUUGUAGAUUACCCCAUCAAAAAUCUUGUCUUUGAGAGCAACUGUAAUUUAAAGAUACUGCUGCAGGUUCUUGCUGAGACAUGUUCUUUUUUGUUGGAAAAAGAAACCAUGUAUAACCUGAUGAUAUCUGAUCAAGGCAAAAAGAUCUUCCUGUUCCUUCAGCAUCCUCAUGUUCAAACAUUGCCAGCCACUUCUGUCCUUACUGCAUGGGAGUGUGCAGGCUACUUUUCAUUCAGGUCCAUGCCGGAAUUUGACCAAGUUACAGAGUCAAUUCUGCUUAAACGCCUGACAACUGUCUCACUCGAUGACGAAGCCUUUACGGCUGUGAAGCAGGUCUGCUGCUGCAUUGCAACUAAGUUUGCUGCUUGAACCUUACUCCCUUAAAACAACCUGUCUGUACCGGAUAACAAAACUUUCCGAUAUAUUAUGCUAAGUUGUGCCUCAUGUAAUUGUUCGUAUUUCAAUUUCCUGUCCUCGCUGAAGGUAAAAUCCAUGUUAUUGUAAUUAUAAGGCUUGUAAUGGUACUUCACCCACCUGAGGUGGUCCUUUGGUACCAUUGUCUCUAGCAUCCAUAUUGUGUUUGUGUAUAUUAUACAAUCAAUUGGCUUAUCAUGCCAAGCUCCAAGAUUGUUUCUAGCCAUAAUGUACAACUCAGUUUGUUUCCCUUGCA